AUCUCACUUCUUUUUUUUUUCUCGGGAAAAUCUUUAUUUUCUCAGAAAGAUUUUAAAUGAUUUCCUCGGUUUCAAUUAUCUGCAGAAUUUCGAGAAUAAUCCCCCCAAAAGUUUCUCUCUUUUUUAAUAGAAUCUGACGUAAUCACCAAAAUCUAGAACCGCCCCAGAUGAAAAGUUAACUCCUUUAUGUCCAUGGGGACCUCCAGCUUUCAUAUACUCAUCAUUUGACGCUGAGUCCAUCCUCCAUCACUAACAACAAACUACCCAGCAUGGUUUCAGGUGUCAGCGGCGCCGGCCGUGGCCGUCACCACACGGAGUCAAUGAGCAAAGCCAUACAACAACAGUACACAGUCGACGCGAGACUCCACGCCGUCUUCGAACAAUCAGGCAAAUCCUUCGACUACUCAAACUCCCUCAAAACGACAACGUACGACUCCUCCUCCUCCUCCGUUCUUGCCGAGCACCAGAUCACCGACUAUCUCUCGACGAUCCAGCGCGGCGGCUACAUACAGCCUUUCGGUUGCAUGAUCGCCGUCGAAGAGCCCACCUUCGCCAUCAUCGCCUAUAGCGAGAACGCGCGGGAGAUGCUAGGCCUCCUCCUCACUCCCCACUCAGUUCCCAUCCUCGCCAUGGGAGCAGACCUCCGCUCUCUCUUCACCCACUCCAGCUCUCUCCUCCUCGAACGCGCCUUCUUGGCUCCAGAGAUCACGCUCCUCAACCCGGUCUGGAUCCACUCCAAGAACACCGGCAAGCCCUUCUACGCGAUCCUACACAGGAUCGACGUCGGAGUCGUCAUCGAUUUAGAACCAUCCAGAACCGAAGAUCCGGCUCUCUCUAUAUCCGGAGCCGUGCAGUCGCAGAAGCUCGCUGUUCGCGCCAUCUCUCGGUUACAGUCUCUCUCCACCGGUGGAGAAGAAGACAUCAAGCUUCUCUGCGACACCGUCGUGGAAAGCGUCAGGGACCUGACCGGAUACGACCGUGUGAUGGUCUACAAGUUUCACGAAGACGAGCACGGAGAAGUUGUUGCAGAGAGUCGGAGAGAGGAUCUAGAGCCUUACGUCGGCUUACAUUAUCCCGCCACUGAUAUCCCGCAAGCGUCGCGGUUCUUGUUUAAACAGAACCGCGUCCGGAUGAUCGUCGAUUGUCACGCUAAACCGGUUCUCGUGGUCCAAGACGAAAAGCUGACUCAGUCUGUGUGUUUGGUUGGCUCUACUCUUAGAGCUCCUCACGGUUGCCACUCUCAGUACAUGGCUAACAUGGGGUCUAAUGCCUCUUUAGUGAUGGCGGUUAUAAUAAACGGUAACGAAGAAGAUGAGAGUGGGAGAAGCUUUACGAGGCGGCUUUGGGGUUUAGUCGUUUGCCACCACACCUCCUCUCGCUGCAUACCGUUCCCUCUGAGGUACGCCUGCGAGUUUCUGAUGCAGGCGUUUGGUUUGCAGCUCAACAUGGAGCUGCAGUUAGCUCUUCAGAUGUCGGAGAAGCGCGUGUUGAGGACGCAGACGCUGUUAUCCGACAUGCUUCUGCGUGACUCUCCCGCAGGGAUCGUCACGCAGAGUCCUAGCAUCAUGGACCUGGUGAGAUGCGACGGCGCCGCGUUUCUCCACCGCGGGAAGUACUAUCCUUUGGGCGUUGCUCCGAGCGAGGCUCAGAUAAAAGACGUUGUUGAGUGGUUGCUUGCGAGCCACGCCGGGUCGACCGGCUUGAGCACUGAUAGUUUACGCGACGCCGGGUAUCCGGGUGCGGCUGGACUAGGCGAUGAGGUGUGCGGUAUGGCGGUCGCGUGCAUCACGAAGAGAGAUUAUCUCUUCUGGUUCCGUUCCCACGCGGCUAAAGAAGUCAAAUGGGGUGGCGCUAGGCAUCGUCCUGAGGAUAGAGACGAUGGGCAUAGGAUGCAUCCUCGCUCGUCUUUCAUCGCGUUUCUCGAAGUUGUUAAGAGCAGGAGUCAGCCGUGGGAGACUGCGGAGAUGGACGCGAUUCAUUCUCUCCAGCUGAUUCUGAGAGACUCUUUUAAAGAAGCUGAGGCAGAUGGUGCGGUUCAGAGUUGUGGAGGAGUAGGUGCGGUUGCGAGAGAGAUGGUUAGACUCAUUGAGACAGCAGCUGCGCCUAUAUUCGCUGUAGACUGUGGAGGACGUGUGAAUGGAUGGAACGCUAAGAUUGCGGAGUUGACUGGUCUCUCUGUUGAAGAGGCUAUGGGGAAGUCUUUGGUCUCUGAUCUAAUAUACAAAGAGAAUGAAGAAACUGUUGAUAAGCUCAUUUCUCGUGCGUUGAGAGGGGAGGAGGACAAGAACGUGGAGGUGAAGCUGAAGACUUUCAGCCCUGACUUACAAGGGAAAGCGGUUUUCGUGGUUGGGAAUGCGUGUACGAGAAAGGACUACUUGAACAACAUUGUCGGGGUGUGUUUCGUUGGACAGGACGUUACCGGUGAGAAGAUCGUUAUGGACAAUUUCAUCACCUUACAAGGAGACUACAGAGCCAUCGUCCACAGUCCCAACCCUUUGAUUCCGCCGAUCUUUGCGGCAGACGAGAACACUUGCUGCCUGGAGUGGAACACUGCGAUGGAAAGGCUCACCGGUUGGUCUCGCGGCGAAGUGAUCGGGAAACUGCUUGUUGGUGAAGUGUUUGGGAGCUGUUGCAGGCUCAGAGGUCUUGAUGCGUUGACCAAGUUCAUGAUUGUGUUGCAUAAUGCGGUCGGUGGUCAAGAGACUGAGAAGUUCCCUUUGCCGUUCUUUGAUCGGAACGGGAAGUUUGUUCAAGCUCUGUUGACUGCUAACAAGAGGGUUAGCCUCGAGGGGAAGGUCGUUGGAGCUUUCUGUUUCUUGCAGAUUCCGAGUCUUGAGGCUUUAACAGUCGAAAGAAGGCAGGAGACAGAGUGUUUCACAAAGGAGAAAGAGCUAGCUUACGUUUGUCAGGUGAUAAAGAGUCCUUUGAGCGGUUUGCGUUUCUCAAACUCGUUGCUGGAAGGUACGGAGUUGAAUGAGAAUCAGAAACAGUUUCUUGAAACGAGUGUUUCUUGCGAGAAGCAGAUCUCGAGGAUUGUCACUGACAUGGAUCUUGAAAGACUUGAAAACGGUUCGUUUGAGCUGCUUAGAGAGGAGUUUUAUCUCGGAAGUGUCAUCAACGCAGUUGUAAGCCAAGCGAUGUUCUUAUUAAGGGAGAGAAGUGUUCAGCUGAUCCGUGAGAUUCCUGAAGAGAUCAAAUCAAUAGCUGUUUAUGGAGACCAGACAAGGACUCAACAGCUAUUAGCUGAGUUUCUGCUGAGUAUCAUCCGGUAUGCACCGUCACAAGAGUGGGUAGAGAUCCAUCUAAGCCAAGUUUCAAAGCAAAUGGUUGAUGGUUCCUCCUCUAUCCGCACAGAAUUUAGAAUGGCGUGUCCAGGUGAAGGCCUACCUCCAGAGUUGGUCAGUGACAUGUUCCACAGCAGCAGGUGGACGAGUCCUGAAGGGUUAAGUCUAAGCGUGUGUAGAAAGAUUCUAAAGCUCAUGAACGGUGAGGUUCAAUACAUAAGAGAGUCAGAACGCUCCUAUUUCCUCAUCAUUCUCGAACUCCCAGUUCCUCCUUUAUCAACAGCUAGCGGCGACAUGAUGUUGUUGAUGUCAUAGGCACUCACACUUAUAUAAGUUAGGAGAAGAGUUUGUGUUGUAUGUGUAUGUGUUUGUGAGUCUUAACGACACUGGAGGAGGAUAGAGAGUUUUUUUUUUUUUGUUUCCGGUGAGAUAAGUAGAGAAGAGGAGAUUGGUUUGCGUUUGACUCACCGGAAUAGAAAACGUAACAUGUACUUAUAGAGUCUGUAACACUUUGGUUUCUAUUUUGUUUGCACUGUGUA